AUGUUGCCCAGAUGUUUACAACGUCAUGUGAGAAAUGGUUUUACACUAAGCCGAUAUUAUUCUAAUGCACCGCAGCCAGAGCCAGCACAGGUUACAGUUGAUGAAUCUGUCAAAACUAGUCCAUUAGACCAUCCAGAUUUUUUUCAAGUCCACAACCUAUUUACAGUCAAAGAUUUAUUUGAUGCUGGUGUACAUUAUGGACACAAAGAGGGGUCACUGAAUGAAUUUAUGUUACCCUACAUUUAUGGAUCCAGACAGGGCCAUUUAAUUUUUGAUUUAGAUAUAACAGCAGAGCAUUUACGAAAGGCCCUUAAUUUUGCUGCCCACAUUGCGUAUAGAGGCGGUAUUAUAUGUUUUUUCAAUAGGAAUGCAUUAAAUGCACAUUUAGUUGAAAAAACUGCACAAGAAUGUGGGGAAUAUGCGCACACUAGGUUUUGGAGGGGUGGGAUUUUUACAAAUGCCAACCAUCAAUUUGGGGCUGUCACUAGAUUGCCAGAUUUGUGCAUUUUCAUGAAUACACAAAACAAUAUAUUGAAUCAACACACAGCUGUACGAGACAGUGCUAAAAUGUUAAUACCAACUAUUGGCAUUGUCGACUCAAACUGCAGUCCUAACUUAAUAACAUAUCCUGUACCAGGCAAUGAUGAUACACCGCGGGCUAUAGAAAUGUACUGCAAGCUAUUUAAAGCAGCGAUUAAAAGAGGAAAAGAUGCAAGGAUGAAGUUUCUACAAGAAAACAACUAG